UUCGUGCAGCGCUUAGAGAGUAGGGGGUGUCUUAUGGAUGGCCGAGGAAAAGCAGCCGAGUUGGCACUGACCCCUCAGCCUACACCGAGCUCUGAAACGCGCCCCGAAUAGCCGCCGCUCGCACUUCCAGGCCUGACGCGGAUGUACCGUAUGACUUUGCCAUGAGGCCCGCGCGCCCGGCAACAUUGGCGUUGCAGAAGAGAGCCGAGAAUCCCAUGAGCCGCUGCUGACAAGACGGGAGAAGGAGAGCAGAAAGCCGGUGGAGGGGAGGAAGGAGGCUGCAGCAGCUUCUGCUUCCCGGAGAAAAACCAUGCCGCUGGCAACCUGGCUGCUGGGACUCGUGUGUCACCUUGCUGGACUCGCCUGGAGCUUGCACAUGCACCGACUGCACCCGAAGCAAGAGAGUUUCGUCAGGCAGCUGUCUGCGUAUGAAAUAGUGACGCCGAUACGCGUGAACGAUUUCGGGGAGUCGUUCCCGCAGCAGCGGCACUACCGGCGCAGGCGGAGGAGCGCUGACACGGACCUGGCGGCGGCGCUGCGCGCGCACUACCGCAUCGAGGCGUUCGGUGAGCGCUUUCAACUCAACCUGAGCGCCGACGCGGCCUUCAUCGCGCCCUCCUACACAGUGACGCACCUGGGCGCGCCGGAGAGCCGAGGACACGACCCCGGGGACAUGCGACACUGCUUCUUCCAAGGACACGUUAAUGGACAACGCCAGCACCGCGCCGUCUUCAGCCUGUGCACCGGCCUCAUUGGUACUUUUACAACCCACAGUGGCGAAUACUUCCUCGAACCUUUAAUGACAGCUGAUGAGGAGGAUUAUGAGGAAGAACACAACAAACCUCAUCUGGUAUACAAACACGAGAGGAAGAAUAAGCAAGACAGCGACAGAUCUGAGCCUUGUGCUUCAUCAGAUCGCAUGAAAGAUCAUAAUCAUUUCCAUAGCAACGGAAGCCUUGAAGAAAAGGUUAAGUCAGUAUGGGAAUCUAUGGACAAACGUCUUCCUGGGAUGCAACAGUCAACCUCCAAAAAUCAAUCCAGUGGCAGCAGGAGAAAACGUUUCCUGUCUUAUCCACGCUUCGUGGAACUGAUGGUCACGGCAGACGCCAAGAUGGUACGGCACCACGGAGGCAAUCUGGAGCACUACAUUCUAACAAUCAUGUCAGUAGUAUCUGCGGUUUACAAAGAUCCCAGCGUUGGAAACCUCAUCAAUAUCAUGAUUGUCAAACUGAUCAUUAUUCACAAUGAACAGGAAGGGCCAAAUGUCAACCGCUAUGCUGCUUCGACGCUACACAACUUCUGCGUGUGGCAACAAAGUCAGAAUGUUCUGGAUGACAGUCAUCCCUCACAUCAUGACACUGCUCUGCUCAUCACCAGGGAGGAUAUCUGUCGGGAAAAAGACAAGUGUGACACAUUAGGCCUGGCAGAGCUGGGGACAAUGUGUGACCCAUACCGGAGCUGCUCCAUCAGUGAAGAGAACGGUCUGAGCUCCUCCUUCACCAUUGCCCAUGAACUGGGCCAUGUCUUCAACAUGCCUCAUGACAACCACCCAAAGUGCCGGGAAGCAGGAAUGAAGCAUCAGUAUCAUGUCAUGGCCCCGACUCUGAACUACGACACCACCCCAUGGUCCUGGUCCAAGUGCAGCCAAAAGUACAUCACAGAGUUUCUAGAUACUGGUUAUGGGGAAUGUUUGUUGGAUGAACCAGUUGGCAGGUCCUACGACCUCCCUGUCAAGCUCCCGGGUCAAAUCUACAAUGCUAAUCGACAGUGCGAACUCAUGUUUGGACCAGGCUCCCAAGUCUGCCCAUUCAUGAGACAGUGUAAGAGGCUCUGGUGCACCAGCUCUGAAGGGGACCAUAAAGGCUGCCGCACGCAGCACAUGCCCUUGGCUGAUGGAACUGAAUGUGGACAUGGCAUGCACUGUAGGCAUGGUAUGUGCGUGAACAGAGAGAUGGAGACGAGGCCGGUGCAUGGUGAGUGGGGACCAUGGGGACCCUACAGUGUGUGUUCCAGGACCUGUGGUGGUGGUACACGCAGCACGUCUAGAGACUGCAACAGACCAGAGCCGAGGAACGGAGGGCGCUUUUGCAUCGGACGCCGCAUGAAAUUCCGCUCCUGUAACACAGAGCCAUGUCCGAGAGGCUGGAGAGACUUUCGAGAGGAGCAGUGCUCAAAGUUUGAUGGCAAACAUUUCAACAUCAGUGGCCUACCUUCCACAGUCCGCUGGGUGCCUAAAUACAGUGGCAUCCUCAUGAAGGAUCGAUGUAAGCUGUUCUGUCGUGUUGCUGGUACGAUGUCCUACUACCAGCUGAAAGAUCGAGUGGUUGAUGGAACUCCUUGUGGUCCAGACACUUAUGACAUCUGUGUUCAAGGCCUUUGCAGGCAAGCGGGUUGUGAUCAUGUUUUGAACUCCAAGGCCAGGAAUGAUAAGUGUGGAGUGUGUGGAGGGGACAACUCCUCCUGUAGGACUGUCGCUGGCACCUUCAACAAUGCACAAUAUGGUUAUAAUGUUGUGGUCCGAAUCCCAGCUGGAGUAACCAACAUUGAUAUAAGGCAGGUCAGCUACUCAGGAAAUCCAGAAGAUGAUAACUACCUCGCUCUAUCUGACAGCCAGUCAAACUUCCUGCUGAAUGGGAACUUUGUCGUGUCCAUGUUUAAAAGGGAAAUCUCCUUAAAAGGAACACAGAUUGAGUAUAGUGGCUCUAACACCACAGAGGAGCGCAUCAACUGCACUGAGCGCAUGGAAGAGGAGCUCAUUCUACAGGUGUUGUGUGUGGGGAACCUCUAUAGUCCUGAUGUACGUUAUUCCUUUAACAUUCCUAUAGAGGAGCACCAAGAUCAAUUUGUGUGGGACCCCUCAGGCCCCUGGCAGGAGUGCAGCCGCAUGUGCCAAGGAGAGCGGCGGAGAAAACCAGUGUGCGUACGUAAGAGUGAUCGUCUGGUGGUGUCAGAUCAGAGGUGUGAGCAUCUUUCUCGACCAAGGGGAGUAAUGGAGUCCUGCAAUAUAGACUGUGAACUUAGGUGGCAUUUGGCAGGUAAGAGUGAGUGCUCCGCUAAGUGUGGGCCUGGGUACCGUACGCUGGAGGUGCUGUGCAUGCGUUACAGCCUGGUGAAAAGAGGGAGUGACAGAGUGGAAUCUCGAGCGUGUGCAGAUCUGGCUAAACCUCAGAGCCGUGAGCCCUGCCACGGAGACUGUCUGUUGAAGAGCUGGCAGUACAGCGCCUGGUCCCAAUGUUCUAAGAGCUGUGGGCAAGGCACCCGGACACGUGACUCCUACUGUAUGAAUAACCUCGGCCGCAGACUGGCAGAACGUGAGUGUAGCGAGUACCAGAGAGCCGUCUCUGAACCCUGUAAUGACACGCCAUGUCCUGACUGGUCCAUCAGUGAGUGGACAGAGUGCACAGUGACGUGUGGGAAGGGAGUGAGGCGCAGACAGGUGUUCUGUGUUUUGGCCGAGGAGAGGCUCAGCGAUGAGCUCUGUGAUCCCAACAGCAAACCCCGCACCAUAAGCAGCUGUGUGCAUUCGGAGUGUGCUUCCUGGCAGGUUGGCGCCUGGAGCACGUGCGCUGUGACCUGCGGCCAUGGAUACCAAAUGCGUGCAGUGAGGUGUGUGUCUGGUGCUUAUGGCAAGACCAUGGAUCAUAGAGAGUGUAAUGCGGCAUCAAGACCACGAGAUAGCCAGGAAUGUGAUUUGCCAGCCUGUCCUCAAACAUCGUCAGCACUCAGCACAUCACAACCUGCAGCGUCUGGACAUCUACACACCAAGUGGAGAUUUGGUUCCUGGACUACAUGCUCUGUUUCCUGUGGGAAGGGUGAGAGAGCACGGUAUGUCAGCUGCAGAGACUCUCAAGGACGAAUAGCUGAUGAGGCGUACUGCGCCCAUCUUCCUCGACCUCCAGAAACCUCUGCGUGCUUCAGCCCCUGUGGCCAAUGGAGAGAGGGAGAGUGGUCACCUUGCUCUGUGUCGUGUGGUGUGGGUCGCGCUACGCGGCAGGUAGUGUGUAUGAACUACAACCAGCAGAUGGAUGAGUCUUUUUGCCACCUGGAUGAGAAGCCCAGCUCUGAGCAGGAGUGUGCAGCAGCCCCGUGCCACUCAGCCUACCAGCUCUGGCCCAAUAACCAACCCUACUUCCCCCCUGACCCUCGCAGUCAUCCAGGGCACAGUAGCUGGAAUGUUCCCUCAGCAGACCACCAGUGGAGGACUGGGCCCUGGGGAUCAUGCUCCAGUACAUGUGAGGGGGGCUUCCAGAGGAGAGUGGUGGUGUGUCAGGACUCGGAGGGCCGCGGCACAAAUUACUGCGACGAGAGAGUCAAACCUAGUGAGUCAAAGAGCUGUGACUCAGGACCUUGUCCUCUGUGGAACUACGGCAUCUGGGGAGAGUGCAGUCUGUCAUGUGGUGGCGGGCAGCGAACUCGGCUGGUGGUGUGCCAGCGUCGGAAUGGCCAGAGGUUGAACGAGCACAACUGUGACAUGCUCGACAAACCUCCCGAUGUGGAGCGGUGCAACAUGCAGCCAUGCCCCGGCAGCGCUUCCUGGCACAGGCGACCAUGGAAGCCGUGUUCUGUGACUUGUGGGAAGGGGACCAUACAGAGGGAACUGGUCUGUGUUCACCACAACCAAACUGAAACAGAGGAAGAGCACUGUGCACAUCUUCCCCGACCCAAGGCAAGCAAGCUUUGCCGGGCAGGACCAUGUCCCAGCUGGAAAACCAACAAGUGGCAAGCGUGCACAGUUACUUGUGGGGUUGGAGUGCAGAAACGCGAAGUGUACUGUAGGUUGAAAGGCAAAGGUCGUGUAGGGGAAGACAUAUGUGAUGCUCGUCUCCGUCCCAGCAGUUUGCAGCAGUGUUUGUCCCCUGAGUGCCAUGGCUAUAGCUGGUCAGUCAGUGAGUGGCAGGAGUGUAAUGCUACAUGUGGAGAAGGUAUGAGACAUAGGACAGUCCUGUGUGUGGAUGGAGUGAAUAAUCCUGUCUCUGAGAGUUUGUGUGACCCCUCAAGCAGACCUGAACUUUAUCAGCCUUGCAUCAGCGCCCCCUGUCAUUAUGUUUGGGUAACUGCAACAUGGACACAGUGUUCUGUGAGUUGUGGAGCAGGUUACCAGAAGAGGAUGGUGUCAUGCACUGCAGUACCUUCUGCUCCCACCCUGCAGGGGUUUGGUGCUCAGUCUUAUACCCAGGUUUUGCCUUCUAAGUGCCCACAGCCUCCUCCACCAAACACCCAACCAUGCCAGCUCCCAGUAUGCCUACUGCCUGUGUACUGGAAAGCUGGUCCAUGGAGCAAGUGUUCCCAGACAUGUGGUGCUGGAGUGAUGCACAGGACAGUUGAAUGUCUCACCGAUAAACAUCUCCCCUCUAAAAACUGCUCGUUAUCCAGCCGACCUCAUUCUCAGGCAGCCUGCAGACAAAGACAUUGUGAACUGGCCUCCAACUGCAAGGAGCUACAGAUGAGACAAGGCAUUAGAAAAGAUGGUGAACAUCAUCUCCGAGUUAAAUCGAGAGUUCUCCAUAUUUACUGUGCAGAAAUGCAGACCAGCUUUCCAAAAGAGUAUGUGACCCUACGCAGUGGCCACACUGACAAUUACUCAGAGGUGUAUGGAUACAGGCUGAAUAACCCCUUCGAGUGCCCGCAUAAUGGCAGCAGACGUCAGGACUGUGCUUGCAGAAAUGAUUAUCCUGCAGUGGGUUACACUCUGUUCCACAGAGUGAGACUGGACCUCAGCACCAUGCGAAUAAUCACCACAGAUGUGCAGUUUUCUAAAACCCUUCUUGGCCACCCUCUUCCCUUUGGCAGUGCUGGGGACUGUUAUAGUGCUGCUAGAUGCCCUCAGGGUCAGUUCAGCAUCAAUCUCACUGGGACAGGACUGAAAGUGGCUGAAAUGACUAAGUGGGUGCCUCAAGGCAACUAUGUCUCGAUCAAAGUCCAUCGAUCAGAGGAUGGAACACGAAUCUACGGGCGCUGUGGAGGAUUCUGUGGAAAGUGUCUGCCUCAUCCUCAUACUGGCCUCCUUGUCCAAGUCCAGUGAAAGACAUUCAAAUCAAGUCUGCAAGUGCGCAGAAGAAAAUUUCCAUCAGGGUCUCUAGCAUUGCUGGAAUGUUUAUUUUGUGAAAAAGGAUCACAAUACAUUAGACUGUAUGAAUGCAUGUGAAGAACUGUUGGUCUAUACAUGUAAACCUAUUUUACACGCAUAUGACCACUGUGGUUUGCCUUACAGGUGCACUGAGGCCUCAUGUCUCUCUUUAAUGGGAAAUGUCCUGCACAAUCUGUGUUGCGCUUUGGCAGCUCUGGUUAAUAAUCAUGACUGUAGUGAGUCACAGAACAAGUUUUCCUCCAUAAUUAGCAGGAGAAAUGUCAGGUCCUCCUUCAAGUCCUCACAAGCACAGUGCCUGUGCUGUGUCAGAACUACAAACAGGUCAUGUGUCAAAAAUAAGUAACAAUAUAGCAUGCACAAUAUCAUAUAUCAAUAUUGUCAUAUUGUGCCUGCCUGUUUUCCAUAUGAGUCAAGGAUAAAUUAGUAGGCAGUAUUUUCCAGCAUUGUUUAUGGUCCCAAUAUAAAUAAUGUCCUGUCUGGAAGGCACCAUAAUGAUCCUAAGUUUAGUCCAAUUUUAGUCACAUUUACCAUACGAGAGUCCCUAUAAACCUUGAAAAAGAAGCAGCACUCUGACUGAUGAAGUUAUGGUGAAGCUGAUGAAGCUGUGAUUAAAGGUUAGACACUUAUUGGAGCAGGCACAUUUAAUAUCAGUACUGGAAAACAGACACUUUCCUCCAUGGGAAGGGUUGUUGUAAUAUUGUAACCUCUGUUGUCUUGUUAUAGGACAGACUCACGUAAUACCACACAAGUAUUUAUUCCUAACCAGGGAAAACAGCAGAAAUGUAGUCAGUCAGUAUGCAAAUACACUGAUUAAAGUAUAACUAUAAGUUCAAAACAAGGGAAAGCUGCCAAAGGCUUUCAUAAAAGUGUUUGUCAUUUGAUCCUAACUGAACAAUGUUUUCAUUCACAUUUAUCACAGAAGUAUGUGAUCUAAAGGGUUGACUUUUUUUUUUACACUGACAAUAUGUAUUUGAUAAACAUAGCAAUCAUUUGGACAACACAUCUUCCAAAAGGGAUUAUUUGAUGAUCGUGGAAAUAUUUGGCUCCAAGGCUUAGCCAGGAGUAAAAAAAAAAAUGUAACUACUGAAAGUCCCUCUUUAAUUCUCUGCCCCCUCUAUUACUGUGUGACAACACUGACUGAGGGGUAGUAGAUCGAUUUUAUAAAACUGUAAUAUUUUUUGUUUCAUUAAAUAUAUUUUAAAAGAGUAGAACAGCCUGACAGCAGCAAAUAGCUGGAUCUGAAACUGAACAUAGUUAAAAAGUAGUUUGUGAAUGAAGGCUCUCAUUGACCAACAUGAGUGUUCAGUUUAUCCUAAUGAUCAUUCAAAGUUAUAAUCGCACCACAGCUUAAGGACUUGUUUCACAGCCUAUCACAAAGCACUGUAAAGAACUGUGAAGUAAAUCUGCUAUGAGGUAGAAGUAACUGUAAAUCAAAUUUCUCGUUAUGAUGCAUAUAGCCAAGAAAGCGAAUAACCAUCUCGGGUUAUUACCCAUGGUUGUGGUUAUAAUGUGCGUAUAAUUUUUUCGUAUUUUUUCCAUGCUACCCCAGUCUUGUUGCAAUUUGCUAAUUUUACUUUACAAUGUGAUGGCCGUUGCAAAACUGAAAAAAACAUAUACAAUCAAUUGUUACAUUGGUUAUAUAUCAUUUUCUUCAACCAGUAAAGUAAUUACUACAGCAUGGCUAGUUAUGUGUAUUUCAGAUGCAGAUCGGCUGUGAUAACCAGUGAUAGGAUAACAAUCUGACCCUACCUCUGGCUAAGUUGGUUAUUCAAAAUAUGUAUUUUGUUUCUAUGUUUCUGUAUUUUUCCUGCUAUUUAUGUAUGAUAAUAUUUAUAUUGUAAUGAUUUAUGUAGAUAUGUACAUUGUUUUGUUGCUAUGACUACUAUCAUUGGCGAACACUGAAUGCAACAGAAAUCGCAUUAGUGUUUUAAGUGUUAGUAAUCAAUUAACUUUCUAAAGGAGUAUUAAAUUGCUGGUGCUUUUUUACUACUGAAAUUACCUCUACAGCAGGGUUUAAAAGAAGAGCUCUAGAGGUUUUAUUAUUAUUAUUAUUGUUAUUAUUAUUAUUAUUAUUAUCUACAUAAGAGAGACUUGUGGUACAUGUAAUUUCAUGCUCAAGUGUGGUGUUGGCAUGUUAACUGAGUGUGUUGCACCACAUGUAACAGCUGCCACUUUGCCUUUGAUGUUAGUUUGUCAGUGGCAGUAACCAGGAGGGAUUUGGAAACAAACUGAUCUGGCACUAUACUUAGACCAAAGUCUUGUCUUGUAGGUGCUUGUACUCCAAUCAAGGGACCUUCAUGUGUAAUUUCACAGUUUAUUUUGAUUUAAAAGAGCAGUAGAACCAGUAUAAAAUCUGUGAGCAGCUAAUAAAGCAUUGGUUAUUGUUGUUUUGAUAGGCAACUGAACGCUGAGGUCUGUAUCAGAAAUAAAACAAUUACUAGAUGCACAAUGUGCCAAGAAACGUGUAGAAAUUGAACGUCACUUUCAUAUUCAUAUAAUAACAGUUUAAAAUUUUAACUUUUUUUUAUAUGUAUACUUGAAGUGCAAAUAAUGCAUACUGAUUAUGUCUUGGUACCAUGGUGAAAUGAAAUAAUGGGCCCAUUGGCCACGUAUUAUCCAAAGAUCUUUUACAGAGGCCUAUUUUACCUGUGUAUGUUUGUUGUGUAGAGUUUUUAUAAUGAAAUCAUGAAUUUUGGUGCUAUGUUUAGUAGUAAGAAAGGAUAUAUGAUCAAUCCUGUAAGACAUGCUACUGUACUAACUCUAAUUUAAGUUGAAUUACCCAGUCUGUUGUCACUAUUAAACCAGCAUGAUUAAAAUGCAGUCAACAGUGCCUGGGAAUAAAUAAUGCACACAUAGAUCUGCUGUGUAGAAAUACACUCUCUCAUCCAGUUGUAAAAAAUGGUGGAAAAAGGAAGAACGUUAAGUCAUGUGUCAUAUUGUGUCAGAACAUAUUGCUUUCAUCAUGUAACUCUGAUCAAAGUAAAGAUGCCUCUAUGAUCCCCAAACUACUCACACUGAGCCCUCAGACCAGUUAACAGGUGGAAAACUUUCACAACAUAGUUCUAGUGACAUGAUCAAGGAGUAAAAUUACAUUAUUAUACCAUUGUUCAUAAAAGUGAGCUGGCUGUUCUCUGAAAGUCUCCAACCAUUAGUCUGGGAUUCUCUGAUUAGACUCAAACCCAGGCUGAGAAGACAGAGAAUCAUUGCCCAAUGGGGAACACUGACCCUAAGCCUUAUGACUGAUUACAGUGCUUUAGAGGAGGCAUGUUUUACAUUAGUCUGGCAAAACAUUGUUCCAGCAUUGGACUG